AUGGCACACAAUACACCGCUGCUCACAAAGGAAAAAGGUGAUAAACAUCCCGGCUGUUGAUAUAAGAGUCAAUAAGAUUUAUAACAUAACAAAACUAAAUCGCGCGCUUUGAUUGGUCAGUCAGCCACUACCAUUUUCCCGUGGGUGCACGCUAAGAAACUGAGCUAGCGCGGUAAAAUUUAGGCAAAUUCAACAAAUCUCCUCUCCUGACGGUAAAAUACACAGAUGAAAUGCACAGAUGAAAAGUGGAAGUUGAAGAAAAUACUAAGCUGUCGUUUUGAAGGAAAAAAGACAAAAGAUCAAGCGACAAAUUUGCCCUGGAUGAAUGAAUCACUGUUUUCCUCGCGGCUAGAAUCUGCUGAAGGAAAAUCGAGCGAGCGAAGAUUUAAGGUACAUUUUGUGUGUUUUUUAUAGAAGAGAAAGUCUGUUUGGAAAGGAAAAUUAUCAAUUAGCAUUGUGUUAUUGACUUUUUGGUCAAGCUGAUGCUAAAUUCAAGCAAAUAUUUUAGGAAACACGCUCAAAUUCGAGACAGCUUUGUUGUGAAGUUUUCAUCGCAUCGAUUAAAAAUUUUAGUUGAGUUUAAACGGGCACAUAACGCUGGAAUAAGGGAAUUUCAUUUGAGUACAGAAACAUUUGGGUUUCCAAAUAAAUUUUUCAAAAAAUAACUUCUGUGUGUAUUAUUUUGUUCCUCAGUGUUCAUUCAUAACAGUCGUUCGGAGAACGGUCGAAAAACAACAGCUUCAGCGCCGGCUGUGUGUCGGCGAAUUUCAGUUUCAACUUUCACUUUCAUAGCUGGAUUUCCCCAGACAGAUUUCCAUACAAAGCUAGUUAAUUUCUUUUUAAAAUUAGUGUUACCUGUUAUUCUAAAGGAAUUACAGUCAAAUUUUCUCAUUUCUACUUUGCGUUUAUUUCAAAAAUUGUCACAUAAAUAACCUUGAUAAUUAUUUCAUUUAAUUAGUUUUAGCUUAUUUUUUAGUCUUUUUAGUUGGUGUUUAUAGUUGCAGCUAUAGUUUUCCCUCAAAGUUUUUACCCUCAUAUUAAGAGCAAGUAGACAGAUGCCAUUCAGAAUAACAACGAAAAACGUUUUGCAAUUUACCUGAGGACGGAGAACGGUUGAUUCAGCGAAAGAAAAACUCAAAGGCAAGUUUUUGAAAAACAUAGAACAUGAUUUGUUUACGCGCGGGCAGAUGUCACCAUACAUGAACUCGGACCGAUGACUCAACCGAAAGGCAAAUGGAAAAUAAUGUUUUUCUCUUUUGAUUAUGUUAUAAAAAAAAAUGGUAAACGUUGCAGCUGUGCAACCGUGGAGUUAUGGAUGCACUUGGGAGGUUUGCUAAGCACUCAAGAAGCUAGAGUCGCACUCGGCUAUCGCCUCGUGCGACUCUUACGCUUCUUUCGUGCUUAGCAACCUCCCGCGUGCAUCCAUAACUCCAUGGUCGCACGCUGCACGUUUACCAAUUCUUAAGUUUAUUACCCUCGCGCCUAACGGAAAGUAAACAAUAAUCAGCAAAUGUGUGUUUGCCAGCGCUUUUGUUAUAUGCCUAACGUUUAACAGGGUCACGUGCCAGUAAAAAGGGCCGCGCAAAGAACUAUGUUAGUCACAUUGCUAACGGGUAUGUAGCAGUGAACUUUGGUUGGGAAAUGAAAUCUCUACUUGUUCUCCUGUUUCUCGGAGCGGCAGUCGCCACCCUGGCUGAAGAGCCUUUUGAGGAUGAGGCAGUCGCGGAGUUGUUAGAUGAAGAGGAUAAUGAAACCAUUGCCGAGCUUGCUGAUGAGAAGAAUGACCCCCCUCGUCGUCCCCGUCCAAGUGGCCCUCGGAGGGCAGUAAGAUCUUCAACCUUGUCACCAAUCCUAAACAAACUACUGGGAUUUUCACAAUCAGCUUAAAGUAGCAAACUUAAUUUAAGACUCCCUUUCACGUCCUUAUAAAAUAGGUGCUGAGGGGAACUUCGGAAGAAUCGCGCUCCCUCAACCCGAAAAUUGCGUAUUUUAUCUGGUUAACAUGUUAGAUCGAUAACUCUGUCAAACAAAUAGCCAUACCCUUUUUUCUGGUGAUUGGCAUCACGGUGAUAAAGAAUGGUAUCAUUAAUAAAAUCUUAGCAAACGGUGUUUUAAUAUAAACGGUAACGUAUCAUUGAGCCAUUAUUAUAAAACUCACAUAGUUUAAUUCUUUUCUCUUAAAAAGUGCAAACUGUAUUUUAAGAAAUGCUUAAAGAAGCCAACUGGUCCUCGUCUCACACGUCCCAUCAAGGUAAGACCUUUCUUGUCGUUAUUUUGAACCCUCAGACUUUGAUGUCGAGACGUAGUUUUACAGCAAAAGUGUGUAGUCAACUUACAUUGUUUUUAUACGACUUGAUGCAAUACAUGCACCAGCUGAGCUAGCUCUUUAGUUAUUUUUUUCAGCCGGGGUAGGUUGUUAUACGUUUGAAAGAGUGAUUACCCUUUUGUCAAUAAAGUAAUCAUACCUCAAUUUUUUUCAUAUUCACUGAUAAAUUAG